CUUGAAUUGUCAAGUCUCAGUCUUUUGUCCCUCAUGACAGUUCACGUGAUCCUUUUGUACUGGAAAGUUCUGCAUUCAUUGAGUCGCGUAACUUCAUCACUUUAGGCAUCAUUUCUUGCGUCUUCGCCCCAACCAUGGCAUCCUUAAGACACGAAUUCUAUGAGACAGACGAAAAACUGACGAUCUCCAUCUUUGACCGAGGGGCUGAUCUUGCACAGGUAUCCCUUACGUUUGAGCCAAACAAGGUUAGCUACGCAAAUGGCGAGAAGACGCUAUCCUUAGAGCCGUUGAAAGGACGGAUUGAUCCAGAGAGGUGCGAUUUCACGGUCGGCAAAGUCAAGGUCGAAAUUCGCCUUGUGAAAAUGGCUCAAGGCCGCUGGGGAGGUAUCACUGGUGACGCUCCUGAUCCUCUCCAGACUGCCCCUAUUGGACCAACUACUUCUCCGGCAGUGGCUGAGGCAAGGGCUAAGCCCAAGAAGAACUGGGAGGAACUUACCACCAAAAUUCUCACAUCUGAAAAGGAGGCGACUACAGAUGAGGACCCCAACGUUGGCGGUGACAGUACGGUCAACUCCUUCUUCCAAAAGAUCUUCGGAGAUGCAGAUGAUGACGCCAAACGCGCAAUGAUGAAAAGCUUCCAGGAGAGUGGAGGAACUACCCUUAGCACAAACUGGGAGGAAGUGAGCAAGGGUACCGUCGAAGUGAAGCCUCCGACAGGUAGUGAGUGGAAGAAGUGGAAUUGAACUUGAUCAUAGGCUUGUAUUAUCAGUUACACCGCAUGUUAUCGACGCUUUCAAAGUGGAUCAAUCUUGUCUCUCAUCGAAAGUAUCAGGGUCUUGUCAGCAUAUCAUUUAAAAUGCAUAUUUCUAUCCUGUCAGAAGGAAGUUUAAU